AUGAAGGCAUUCCAGUUUGAUCCUGCUACGUACUCUAAGAAAGAUAUCUUCAUUGGUGGUAUCUCAACUUAUUUAUAUAAUACUGAAGCUUUAAUUCCUUAUGUUGAGAAAUUCAAUGAAAGUGUCAAGCAUCAUGACAAUAAUGUCAGCAGGAAUCAAUUCAAUGAGUUACCUGUAAAUGUCGUUUAUUUGCUUCACCAAAGAUGUGGUGAUUAUAAAUUUACUGAGUCAAUUGCGUAUACUAUAUUAAAGCAAUACUACGAAAAGAAGGAACAGAAAGUGCCGUUAAUUUGCGUUACCUUUGAUAACAGAAAUCACGGUGCAAGAAAGGUUGAUGAUCUGAAAAACUCGUCUUGGAAGUCAGGCAAUGACACACAUGCGUUAGAUAUGAUUUCCAUGAUCGACGGUAUAAUAGACGAUACUAAAUUGAUCAUGACUUAUUUGCCAAGCUACUUGAAUUUAGAAUAUCAUUUAUGCGACCAUGCUAAAGUUCAUCAUAAUACUACUAUCAAAUUCUCCAAUAUUUUAAGUGGUUAUUCUUUAGGUGGACAUACCGUUAUUCGUUUCGCUAACAAAUAUCCAGACUUGGUUGAUAUAAUUAAUCCGGUGGUUGGGUGUAAUGAUUUGUCUUCGUUAUUGAUCAACAGACUUUUUAAUUCCGAACUCGAUUCUCCUAACUUUGACAAGCGCUGGUUUUACUUUGAUUAUAAUGAGUUAAUGUUGACCGACGACCAGAAAAAAUACAUUUAUCCGGAGGCGUUCCAUAAUUAUAUCUGUCAAGAAGAUAGUGAAAUAUUCGACAAUUUUCCAUUUUCUAAGAUUAAGAUGUUCGCAAGUUUUGGUGAAAAGGAUACUUUAGUUCCACCUCGUUUAUCGAAGGUUUGGGUUGAUUUUUACAACAAUACAAAUUCAACUACAGGCGUAUUUAUACAAGAGGACGUAGGACAUGAUGUUACACCUGAAAUGGUUGAUAAAUUCACCUCUUGGCUAGUCGAACAUACUUAA